AUGGAGCAGAGCUGGGAGAGCGAGCAGCCGCCGAGCGGCGCGCCAGCACCGGCGCCAGAGACGAGGCUGAGGCCGCCGCCACCGCUCACUCACGAGGACAACCGCGGCUUCCUGGAGAUGCUCCGGGAGAAAAAGGAAAGGCUGGGGGUCGGCGCAGCGAAGGUGGAGGUGCGGUUCGAGGAGCUCACCGUGGAGGCCGACGUUCGCGUCGGCCGCCGGGCGCUGCCGACGCUGAUCAACUGCGCCGUCAACGCCGCCCAGGAAUUGGCAACAAUUUCACACAUGUGUACUACAAGGAAAAGACCCAUCAAAAUUAUAAAUGGAGCGAGCGGGACAAUUCGUCCAUCAAGGAUGACGCUUCUUCUAGGAGCACCUGGUUCCGGGAAGACAACUUUUCUGAAAGCAUUGGCGGGAAAGUUGGAUUCUUCUUUGAAGCUCAAAGGAAAGGUCAUGUACAAUGGAAAAGAAGUGAAUUCCUCGACACCUCAGUACCUGCGUGCUUACGUUAGCCAGUACGAUCUUCACCAUGCCGAGAUGACCGUCAGAGAGACCAUUGAUUUCUCUUCCAAGAUGUUGGGAACCAAUAAUGAAUUUGAGAUGCUGGGAGAAGCAAUACGAAGGAAAAAGGGUGUCAUCAACAAAGUGGACCAGGAUCUUGACUCAUUUAUCAAGGCUACCACCUUUGGAGAAGGAAGCAACCUUACAACAAACUAUAUUCUCAAGAUACUUGGUUUGUCCGAGUGCGCUGAUACCAUAGUUGGUGAUGAGCUGAUAAGAGGCAUAUCAGGAGGACAAAAGAAAAGAGCCACAAUUGGAGAGAUGCUAGUCGGUCUAUCGAGAUGCUUCUUUAUGGAUGAUAUAUCGACAGGUCUAGAUAGCGCUACCACAUACGAGAUCGUAAAGUUUCUCCAACAAAUGGCUCAUCUGAUGGAUCUCACACUGGUUAUUUCCUUGCUGCAACCACCUCCUGAGACAUUGGAAUUAUUUGACGACAUAAUCCUUUUAUGCGAGGGGCAAAUUGUAUAUCAUGGUCCACGAGAAAAAGCUACCGAUUUCUUUGAAAUUAUGGGAUUCAAAUGCCCCAGCAGGAAGAAUGUAGCUGAUUUCCUUCAAGAGGUGACAUCGAAGAUGGAUCAAAAGCAAUACUGGAUUCGUGAUGAAAAUAAGUAUCAAUACCGGACAAUUGAAAAAUUUGCAGAAUCCUUCCGUUCAUCCUAUCUCCCUCAACUUGUAGAAGACAAUCACUGCAGGUCAAACAAUACAGGAAAAGGAAAGGAGAUUAAAACAAGUGCAAGUCGCAGGAUCUCCACAUGGAAUACUUUCAAAGCAUGCCUUUCAAGGGAAGUACUUCUUAUGAAAAGAAACUCUCCACUUCAUAUAUUCAAGAUUGUACAGAUAACUGUUCUUGCUUUGGUUAUCUCAACGGUUUACGUGCGCACAAAUAUGAACCAGAAAUCUGUACUUGAUGCCAAUAAGUACAUGGGAUCACUCUUUAUAGCUGUUGUGAUAGUGAACUUCAAUGGCAUGACUGAAAUUGCAAUGACAAUAAAGCGACUCCCCACUUUCUACAAGCAAAGAGAGUUACUAGGAUUGCCAGGAUGGGCACUUCUUUCUUCAGCUUACCUUAUCAGCCUCCCAAUAUCACUUUUAGAGACAGGUCUUUGGACCAGCUUAACCUACUAUGUGAUUGGCUACGCACCUUCUUUUCUCAGAUUCAUCCAGCAUUUUCUGGUACUUUUUGCCAUGCAUCAAAUGUCUAUGGGCCUCUAUCGUUUCUUAGCAGCGAUAGGAAGAACACAAGUAAUGGCCAACAUGCUAGGCACUGCAGCUCUUAUAGCAAUCUACAUAUUUGGAGGCUUCGUCAUAUCAAAAGAUAGUCUCCAACCAUGGCUGCGCUGGGCAAAUUGGACGUCCCCAUUCACCUACGCACAGAAUGCAAUUGCCCUAAAUGAGUUCCUUGACGAAAGAUGGGCUAUUGAAUUCUAUUACGCAAAUGCCAAUACAGUUGGUGAAGCUAUACUCAAGAUCAGGGGGAUGCUCACAGAGUGGCACUGGUACUGGAUUUGUGUCAGCAUUUUAUUUGGAUUCUCACUGGUCUUCAACAUCCUCACUAUAUUUGCCCUGGAGUUCAUGAACUCUCCACACAAGCAUCAAGUUAACAUUGAUGCCGUGAAGAAAAAUACAGAGUGCAAAAACCAGAAAGUUGGAGCGGGCAAUGCAUCGGCUGGUCAAGUUAUCCUCCCAUUUCAGCCUCUUUCCCUUGUAUUUGAUCAUAUCAACUAUUUUGUCGAUAUGCCAAAGGAGAUGAUGAAGUAUGGAGUAACAGAGAAAAAGCUUCAGCUGCUACAAGACGUCAGUGGUGUUUUCAGGCCAGGGGUGCUAACAGCUCUGAUGGGGAUCACAGGUGCAGGAAAGACAACAUUGCUCGAUGUUUUGGCUGGAAGGAAAACUGGAGGAUAUAUUGAAGGUACUAUUAGAAUAGCAGGAUACCCAAAGAAGCAGGAGACAUUCUCAAGGAUAUCUGGCUACUGUGAACAGAGUGACAUCCACUCCCCUAACCUCACUGUGCUUGAGUCACUGCAGUUUUCUGCAUGGCUCCGCCUGCCUUCAAACGUUAAAUCUCGCCAAAGAGAUAUGUUUAUAGACGAAGUCAUGGACCUAGUCGAAUUAACUGGAUUGAAGAAUUCCAUGGUGGGCCUGGCAGGAGCAACUGGCCUGUCAGCAGAUCAGCGAAAAAGGCUAACAAUUGCUGUGGAGCUGGUAGCUAGUCCUUCCAUUAUAUUUAUGGAUGAACCAACCACUGGCUUGGAUGCCCGUGCUGCAGCAAUUGUCAUGAGAACAGUAAGAAAGACAGUUGACACUGGACGAACUGUUGUCUGCACAAUUCAUCAGCCAAGCAUUGGGAUAUUUGAAUCUUUUGAUGAGCUUCUGCUUAUGAAAAGAGGCGGUCAGAUCAUUUACAGUGGUUCAUUAGGUCCACUAUCCAGCAACAUGAUCAAAUAUUUCAAGGCUAUACCUGGUGUUCCUGGAAUAAAACAGGGACAAAACCCAGCAGCAUGGAUGUUGGACAUCAGUUCGCACACAACAGAAUAUGAGAUUGGAGUGGACUACGCAGAAAUUUAUAAGAGCUCCUCAUUAUACAGGGAGAACAUGCUUCUAAUUGAUGAGAUGGGGCAACCAGCGUCAAAUACAGAGGAUUUACAUUUUCCACCUGGAUACUGGCAAAACCUAAGGGUGCAGUGUAUGGCUUGCCUGUGGAAACAAAGAUGUGCAUACUGGAAAAAUUCAGAACACAAUGUUGUCCGGUUCCUGAACACAUUUGCUGUAUCAAUUAUGUUUGGAAUUGUAUUCUGGAAAAUUGGCUCAACCAUAAAACAAGAACAAGAUUUAUUCAACAUACUAGGAAUCGUAUAUGGAUCAGCACUGUUUCUGGGCUUCAUGAACUGCAGCAUCUUACAGCCAGUUGUGGCAACAGAGAGAGUUGUUCUCUACCGAGAAAAGGCAGCAGGCAUGUAUUCUACCUUGCCCUACGCCAUAGCUCAGGUAGCAAUUGAAUUUCCUUACAUGCUUGUCCAAGUGGCCAUCUUUGCGUCAAUCGUAUACCCAAUGAUUGGGUUCCAGAUGACCGCUGGCAAGUUCUUUUGGUUUGUCCUUUACAUGGUGCUAAGCUUCAUGUACUACACACUCUACGGGAUGAUGACAGUGGCACUAACACCUAACAUUGAGAUAGCUGCUGGAUUGUCCUUCGUUAUCUUCAUCUUUUGGAACCUCUUCUCCGGCUUCAUCAUUGGAAGAGAGCUGAUCCCAAUAUGGUGGAGGUGGGUGUACUGGGCUAACCCAGCAGCGUGGACGGUGUACGGGCUCAUGUUCUCUCAGCUGGGUGACCGGACAGAACUGAUCCGUGUGCCAGGGCAACCAGACCAGACGGUGCGGCAGUUUCUCGAGGGAUACCUUGGCCUCGAGGACCGCUACUUCAACCUUGUCACCUGCCUACACCUGGCCAUCAUCGCCCUCUUCGCCUUCCUCUUCUUCAUCUCCAUCAAGUACCUCAAGUUCCAGCGGAGGUAGCACAGACAGAUUGAACUGCGAACUGCAGAUACACUAAUCAGAAAAUCAACUUAAGUGUAUAAAGCUAAGGGAAGGUAAACACCUAUAAAUAAGCAGAAGACCACAAGGAUUUUGCUUCUGCAAGAUAAAAAUGAUAAAGUAAUAUCAUGAUUUGUGUGAGCAUUUGUAUAUGUAUUGCUAGUAGAGCCUUACAGAAUUGUUGUUAUAGCUAGGUCGAUGAACAAAUCAAAUUGCAAAGUGUACAUGUGAGUAGGAAAUGUAAAGCAUAUCAAAGUUCAUUCAGGUGGGCAUGUAUGUAUCAUCUUGCAGUGUAAAUCGCAAUGGUAAUGCAGCAUAUCAUAUUCAAGUA